UAUUGAUUUUCUGAAAUUGAACAUCCUAUAUGGAGUUCAGUUAUUAUUAUUAUUAUUGUCAGUUAAGAAAGCAUGUUAAAUACUCCGUAUAAAGGUAACAUUUAUUUUGAAUAAAGAUGUAUGAUGUUUAUCAUUUAAAAGUAUAUAGAGUUAUUUAUAAAGAAUGGAGAAUGACAAAUGCGUGUUUGAAGAUGUUCUUCAUUAAAAUUUUCAUUGUCAUCCAUUAUAAGAGUAGUAUCGUAAAUAAUGUGUCGCAUUCAAGGUAUUCACAUUCCAUUAUUACAAUUAUUGGCAGAUAACAAACAAAACUUUGAACCACGAGCCGCUAUUCUGAAUCUGUAAAUAAUUUUUUGAACCACUUACUUUGAUCUUUGUAAAAGUAUUUCAAGCUUCUGUAUUCUUUAAUCUCUAAAUACAUCUAAAUGUUGUCAAUCAGUUGAGCAUACCUCUUGUUAGACAGCCCAGCCUUCUAAACUGUUUUUUAUCUGAACCCUGAACUCACUGAUAUGAAAUACAGUGGUUUAGAGUUUUCAAUGCAUUUAUUCAAUCAGAAAAACUUCUACAUUUAACUCAAUAACCAAAAACUCCAGCAAACCCAUUCCUCUACGUUUCUGGAAAACACAUUUUUUGUAGGCCUUUGAUGUCCCGUUAUAUUUUAUUUUCCUACUAAAUAACUGUUAGGAUUCCUUUUUCCAUUUAAGCUUCUUAAUUAAAUACGGAGUAACUCUUAUGUGUUUAGGGUAAUGUUGGUUCUGACAAAAUGCAUGAGUUUUAUUUUUCAUGCUUGUGACUGACUUACAGUUUUGAAGGCUUUGAUGAAAAACUUAAGACCAUUUUAAUAAAUACAGGAACAAUUUGAACUUUAUUGCCUAAAAGAAACUUGUUACCGGAGAAUGAAGAUAUUAGACUGUCUGCCUUCAGAAUUGGAAGUAUAUGUGUUAACCUUCAUUGGAUAUGUUGGUGAUUUUUUAAAAUAAAUACCUGGUAUAAAAAAAGGUAUAAAUUUCUAUUUUUAAUGUGUAUACAAUAUAUAUCAUAAGAUACACAAGUACAAAGCUAUAAGCCUUCAUAUGAUGUGCCAGGAAUUUGGGGGGAUGAAAAGUUUAUUCUGUAUUUUAUUUUGAAGACGAGAGCAAUGGAUAUUAAGUGGCUUUCCCCUAGGCUUUGUUUUUACUGAUUGAAUACAAUUAGAUUUUAGAGAUCUUUAAAGAAAGUUUUAAAAAAUUUGAUCACUAAUAAGUAAUCACAAAUUAGUGAAUUACAACCAACAAGUGUCUUAGUUUGGUGUGAGUUCAAAAUACAACUAACCAGCUACUUUAGUUUAAAGGCCUAGAAACAUAAAUGUAUAUUUGAAUCAAAACUCUUUAUGCUUUGCUCACUUCACUCCAAACCAACUCCUUGAAAAGCUAGAACUCUCAUUCUAAUUAUAUGAAACAGUUUCCUGUAAAAAAUUAAAAGUAAAACAAACAAUACAAUCUUAUUUUUCUUUAGAAACAGUCUAAAAGAAGCAUUGUUCUAUUACAAAUACCAAGAAGCAUUUAUUGGAUUACUUCUUCUGAUGCAUAAAUUCCCAUUUCAUAUAACGCCAUUGCCUUUUUUUCAUAAGAUGUAUUUCAAUUUUUUUUUGUUCUUGGUUCUUUGAAACUCAUUUUUGUGAAUCUAUACUCACUUUUACCAAAUCAGAAUACCCAUGGUUGUUAAUAUUCCCAUGGACUCCUAAAUUUAAAAAAAAUAUAUAUAAGGCUCCCUGUAUUGAUUUUUCUGAAAUUGAAAAUCCUAUAAGGAGUUCAGUUAUUAUUAUUUUCAGUUAAGAAAACAUGUUAAAUAUAAAGCUAACAUUUAUUUUGAAUGAAGAUGUAUGAUGUUUAACAUUUAAAAAUAUAGAGUUAUCACUUUGUUCGAGUGACUGUGAACUUUAUAAUUUCCAGUUUGAAGAAUGAAGAAUGACAAAUGCGUGUUUGAAGACGUUCUUCAUUAAAAUUUUCAUUGUCAUCCAUUAUAAGAGCAGUUUGGUAAAUAAUGUGUUGCAUUCAAGCUAUUCACAUCUUGAACCACAAGCCGUCAUUCUGAAUCUGUUAAUAAAUUUUCUGAACCACUUACUUUGAUCUCUGUAAAAGUAUUUCAAGUUUCUGUUUUCUUUAAUCUUUAAAUACAUCUAAAUGUUCUCAAUUAGUUGAGCAUACUUCUUCUUAGACAGCCUAGCCUUCCAAAACUGUUUUUUUAUCUCAACUCUGAACCCACUAAUAUGAAAUACAGUGGUUUAGAGUUUUUGAUGCAUUUAUUGAAUCAGAACAACUUCUACGAUUCACUCAAUAACCAAAAACUCGUUAACUUCUAUGAAUCAAUUCCUCUACGUUUCUGGAAAACAUAUAUUUUUGUAGGCCUUCGAUUUUCUGAUAUACAUUGUCCUAAUAAAUAGAGUAACAGUUAGGAUUCCUGUUUCAGUUUAACCUUCUUAAUUAAAUAACUCUUGUGUGUUUAGGGUAAUGUUUGUUAUGACAAAAUGCAUGAGUUUUAUUCUCCAGGCUUGUGACUGACUUAAAGUUUUCAAGGCUUUGAUGUAAAACUUGAGCCCGUUUUAAUAAAUAAAGGAACAAUUUGAACUUUAUUGCCCAAAAGAAUUUUGUUUUCUAAUAAAAGCUGCUGUAUAUCUUAAAUAGGUAGUCUUUUAACUAUAUCUUGUUAAGUAGAGAAAUUAUAAUUACACAGAGUACUUAUCAUCUUUUAAAUAGGCUCAUUCGGCUGGCGAACCACCCAUUCUUUCUUCCCAAUACCGACACACGACUCUGUUAUAUGUCACAUCUUUACAAUUUGAUUUGGAGGGAAGACAAGGUAUUUAGGUCGUUAUUCAACAAUUACACUACUGUGCCAGGCAAUUGGGUCAACCAAGCAAAGAAUGGGCCACUGGAGUCUAACAUAAAUUCCACAAAACACCCGUACCAAGAUACAGCCAGUGACCUAUUACGUUUAUAUAGAAACGCGUGGAUUCAUAAGGAAGAUACAAUGCGCAGCGAGAGAUUGGAACCCAUACUAGAUGCUUUAAGCCCAGGCUUCAUUUACCAGGCUUAUGACUUUGUUUUUGAUUACGACCGGAAAAGUUUGGAUGAACGAAAAGUUUGGAUGAACGAAGUGCUAUAUUAACACAUGGGCUACUCCUCCUAACAGGUUGACCUUUUAGGAUGGAACCCCGUGUCUUAACAUGGUUUCAGAGCCUUAAGUUUUUUUUUCCUUUCUCUUCCGCAAGAAUGUCGCAUGACUCGUCCGCCUCAGGCGUUACUACUGCCGCCGACUCUUCUCUCUCGGGUCCAGUCUCUUCUUCGGCGGCUCGUCAUGAUGGCACAUCGCCCUCUUCUUCUCUGGCGCUACCAUCUACACUUGAUAUCUCCUCUCCGUUUGCUCGACGUGUUAGUGCAAACGAUUCUUUUGCUCUGCCGUCCAUGGAUCCCUACAGGUUAUUUGGCAAUCGUGAGCAAUCUUUGGGCAUGCCUCCGCCGUUUACAUGGACACCAGCGAUGGUCUCUUCUAUGCCGAUGUCUUCCUUGCCGUCUCUGCAUGCUCCAAUAGGCCCUCCUCCUUCAUUGUUCAAUUCUGCUCCUUCCAACACUGCCCAAACAUCCAGUAGUCAGCUUCCACCUCCAGCAGUUUUCACGGGCUCUACUUUUUCAGGGCAGCCGGGCACAUCUUUUCUGCACAAUCAGGUCUUGACCACGCCAGGUUCUACAUCCUCUUCUUCUUUUUUGGGAUCAUUGGCCUCUCAAUUAACUUUCUCCACGCCUAACGUGACAAAUAUUGUCACUACGCGCUUGAAGGCUGUGGAAGAUUACCUCCCGUGGCGUACCCAAUUCGAAUCUUUUCUAGUUUCCCACAGUCUUCUUGGGAUUCUAGAUGGAUCCGUUUCGGCUCCGCCACAAUAUAUUCAUGACGCGAAUCGGAGGGAAGUUGUUAAUCCUGAGUAUCAUUACUGGCUUAAGAUAGAUCAAACUGUCCGGUCAUGGCUUUUUACUACUUUAUCUCGAGACAUUUUAAUGGAGGUGUAUGAUUUAAAGUUUUCUGCCCGUAUUUGGCAAUGUCUUGAAACAAGGUUCAUGUCAGCCUGUUUAGCUCGCUCUAUGGAGCUUAAACGCCAGUUAUCUCACAUUAAAAAGAAGGAAUCUCAGUCGAUAGAUCAAUACCUUUUGGAAAUUAAAGUGCUGGUUGAUAAUCUUAAUUCCAUUAAUUCACCCGUGAGCAAUCGUGAUUUAAUUGAAUACACCAUUCUUGGGUUAGGGCCUGAAUAUGAGUCGUUAAUUACGGUUGUUACAUACAUUCCGGGUGAGGUUACUCUUGAGACACUACGGCCCAUUCUUCUUGCUCAAGAACAACGAAAUCUGUUUCUCCGCUCCCAAGAAUCUGCUGCACCUCACCAAGCCUUCGCAGCUCCAGCAGUUCCAGCCGCCCCAGCGGCUCCUCAGCGAGGGGGUGUUCCUUCAGCAGCCCGUGGACAAGGAGGAAGGGCCCAAGGAGGGCGCGGUUACCGCGGCGGUCGUGGUCGUGGUCAACGGGGUAGAGGUCGUGGUUUUGGUGCUCCAUUUCAGCGUCAACAGGCAGCUUAUGGAAAUCAGCAACCCCCUCUACUCCCGCUGCCCCAGUUCGGUCAGGCUCCCGGACAGAUUCUCUAUGGUCCUCCUCGGGCACAGGCUACAGCUGGUACUCCAGGUACGGUAUUUAGUAAUGUUUUGUCUGGUUCUUCGUACUUAAAUUACUUCUCUACUUGUGGUACUAAUAACAUCAGUGCAGGUUUUCCAUCUGGGGAUAGUAAUCAUUUUCCACCACCUCCAGUUGUCUGCCAAAUUUGUUUCUCUCCAGGUCAUUCAGCACUCACUUGUCCCCGGUAUGUUGGUUCGUCUGCGCCAGCUCUUGCUACUCUUCCUUCGGGUGAAUCAAAUGCUGCUGUGUGGUACCCUGAUUCCGGGGCAUCUGCGCAUAUGACCCCUCAUGAAGGUAUUUUGUCUUGUAAAUCUCCUUAUACUGACUCCCAUUCGGUGCAAGUUGCUAAUGGUACUAAAUUACCCAUCUCCCAUAUUGGUAGCGUUAAACUUGUUACUCCCGGUCGCUCACUUACCUUAAACUCCGUUUAUCAUGUUCCGCACUUAAAAUAUAAUUUAUUAUCUAUUCAUAAGUUGUGUGCGGAUAAUGAUUGUACGGUGAUUUUUAAUAAAAAUUCUUUCUCUAUAAAGGACAAUCAGACGGGGGCGCAUCUUCUUCAGGCUUCCAAUAAAGACCACCUAUACCCGUUCCAUGCCUUUCAAACUACUCUUAUUCCUGGACCUACUUGGCACAAGCGUUUGGGGCACUGUGGUGAUAAAGUUUUACAACGUCUUCGGCAAAAUAAUUUUAUUUCUCUUUCUAGUAAUUUUAGUCACAAUUGUGUUUCAUGUAAGCUGGGUAAAUCCCACAGACUCCCAUUUCAUGAUGUUUUUCAUUCUUGCACUGCACCUUUAGAAAUUAUACAUUCUGAUGUGUGGCAAUCGCCCGUUAUUUCCAAUUUAGGAUUUAAAUAUUAUGUUUCUUUUAUUGAUGAUUUUUCUCGCUAUACUUGGGUUUAUCCUAUGCGGCGUAAGUCUGAGGUUUAUACUCAUUUCUGUAAUUUUCAAACACUUGUUGAAAAUCUUUUUGAUAGGAAAAUCAAAGUUUUUCAGAGUGAUGGUGGUGGCGAAUUUGACAAUAUUAUUUUUAAUAAUCAUUUUUUGAAAUCUGGUAUUUUGUUUAGAAAAUCUUGUCCAGAUACUCCAGCUCAAAAUGGUGUUGCUGAGCGUAAGCAUCGGCAUCUCCUAGAGUUAACUAGAACUAUGUUAAUUGAGGCUUCUAUUCCGCCUACUUUUUGGGUUGAUGCUUUAUACACGGCCACAUAUAUUGUUAAUCGUCUGCCAACACCACUCCUGAAUAAUUUUACUCCUUUCGAGAAGCUCUUUAAUAAACCUCCAGACUUUAAUUUUUUACGGGUUUUUGGGUGUGCGUGUUUUCCAAAUUUCAUUGCCAAGUCUUCUAAUAAACUUUCACCUCGCUCCACUCGUUGUGUCUUUAUUGGGUAUGCUCCGGGUUACAAGGGUUAUCGGUGCUUAGAGCCUAUUUCUGGACGGGUAUAUAUUAGCCGGGAUGUAUUAUUUCAUGAAACUGAUUUUCCUUUUUCUACACUAGUUUCCCGCACCACAUCACCCCCCGUCACUAUCACAGAUCUCCCUCUUUCUUGGUCGCCAUCCUCUACCCGAUCCCCACCUGCACAAUAUGUUUUCUCCCUACCUUCGGCCAACACUUCUGGAUCACUCCAGUCCACGCCGCAUCACACUUCUCCACUAACCCCACAGGCAUUCCUUCGUUCCAGUAGCUCCAGUGGUGACCUCAUCCCAGAUGACCUUUCACCCUCCAGUAGUUCCAGUAGCUCUAGUAGCAUCCCAAAUGAUCUCACCCCUUUUGACCAUGCCGCAACCAAGACCAGCCCCCCCAGUUCCCUCUCACCUUCCACGGAUAAUACUACUACACCAUCAAAUAAUUCCCCCUCUUCCACUUUACCAUCCCUUAGCCCGCCUCCUGUCGUUAAUAUCCAUCCCAUGCGUACUCGCGCAAAAGAUGGCAUUUUUAAGCCUAAAACAAUUUUUAAUUUGAGUGUUUUUUCGCCCCCGGAUGAUCCUACUUGUUUUUCACAAGCUCAAAAAUUUCCUGUUUGGCGGGCGGCCAUGGCUGAUGAAUUUAACGCUUUAAUUGCUAAUAAGACAUGGGAUUUGGUACCCUGGGAUAGCACGAAAAAUGUAGUUGCUUGUAAGUGGGUUUACAAGACUAAGUUUAAUUCUGAUGGGUCUGUUGAACGGCACAAGGCACGUUUGGUUGCCCAAGGUUUUAAACAACAGGCUGGCGUAGAUUUCACCGAAACAUUUAGUCCUGUUGUUAAACCUACUACUGUUCGUCUCGUUUUAUCUGUUGUUGUUGCUCGUGGAUGGUGUAUACGCCAAUUAGAUGUCAAGAAUGCUUUUCUCCAUGGUCAUCUUACAGAGGAAGUCUUCAUGCGUCAGCCCCCGGGCUUUAUCCAUCCGUCUUUUCCUCAUCAUGUCUGUCGCCUUAAAAAGGCUCUUUAUGGUCUUAAACAAGCUCCCAGAGCCUGGUUUCACCGAUUUAGCGGCUUUCUUUUAUCCCAGGGGUUUUCACAAAGUAAGUCAGACUCAUCUAUGUUUGUUUUUCGCACUCAGACACAUGUAGUAUAUAUUCUUCUCUAUGUGGAUGAUAUUUUAAUCACUGGGUCUUCUGUUGUUCUUGUUCGGUCCAUUAUUCAGUCUUUAUCUACUCAGUUUGCCAUGAAGGAUUUGGGGGAUAUUCAUUUUUUUCUGGGUCUUCAGACCAAACGCACCUCAAAGGGUCUGUUUCUAUCUCAGCAUAAAUAUAUUUCUGACUUAUUAAGGCGUUUCCAUCUUCAUACUGUUAAACCUAUUCGUACCCCUUUACCUUCGCGUACUACACUCUCUCUUACAGAUGGAGAACUUCUCACUGAUGCUACUGAGUAUCGCAGUAUGGUAGGUGCUUUACAGUACUUGAUUUUGACUAGACCUGAUAUUACUUAUGCCGUACACUUGGUAUCCCAGUUUAUGCAUGCGCCUCGUACUACUCAUCUUUUGGCUGUGAAGCGUAUUUACAGAUAUUUGCAGGGCACUAUGGACUAUGGGUUGUGGCUCCAGUCCAACCGUGAUAUUUCUCUUAUUGUUGCCUAUUCAGAUGCGGAUUGGGCUGGUUGUCCUGAUAGCAGUCGCUCUACUACUGGUUACGCUAUUUUUCUGGGUCCAAAUUUAAUUUCCUGGCGGUCCAAGAAGCAACCCACUGUCUCAAAAUCAUCUACUGAAGCGGAAUAUAGAGCUAUAGCAUAUACAGUUCAAGACACCUUGUUUAUCCGAUCCCUGAUGGCCGAGAUGGGUCUCCAUAUUUCUUCUCCCGUACAACUACAUUGUGAUAAUGUCUCUGCAUCCUAUCUAGCUGUGAAUCCUAUUCAGCAUGAUCGCAGCAAACACAUCAAGAUCGAUUAUCAUUUUGUUCGUGAACGCGUUGCUCAUGGAGAUCUUGUUGUUAAAUAUGUUCCUACUCAGUUACAGUUAGCUGAUAUUUUCACCAAAAAUUUAUCUAGU